AUUUAAAUAAAUAUUUAAAUUUAAUAUGGAUUAAUAAACAGAGUAAGACAAACUUGAAUCAAUAGCAACACCAGGAGUAUUAGAUAAAUAUUAAAAUGCGGGUAAAAUUGUAAAUGGUAAAUAAAAAUUUUGAUAAUUAAUUAGUUGUAUUGGAAAAAGUGAUUACCAAAUUACAGCCAGAAGGUGAUGUUGCUUCAAUUUGUGCUUUUGGUGACUCAGAAAUUAGUGGAGAACUAUAAAAGGUUUACAAUAAGAAAGGAAUAGAAAAAGGCUUAGCAUUUCCAACAACAAUCUCUGUAAAUUAAAUUUGCGGUCAUUAUUCUCCAUUAAAGAGUGAAAGUAGUAAAUUAGUAAAGGGUGAUGUAGCUAAAAUGUAAAUGUUAAAAAUAAUAUGAUAGUGAAUUAGGAGUUCAUAUUGAUGGAUAUAUAGCUAUUGCAGCACACACAGUAGUUGUUGGAGAAGAUAAAGUUGAAAACUAAAAGGCAGAUGUGAUAUUGGCAGCCUAUUAAUCAGUCUAAGCUUUAUAUAGAUCAAUUAAGCCAGGAGUCACUAAUACAGCUUUAACUAAAAUUAUAUAACAAAUUGCAGAUGAUCAUAAAUGUACACCAUUAGAAGGUGUUCUUAGUCAUGAAGUCAAGAGACAUUUUAUUGAUGGAAAUAAAGUCAUAAUUAAUAGAGAAACUUAAGAAUAAAGAGUUGAUGAAGAAGAAAUCUAAGUCAAUGAUGUUAUUGUUUUAGAUGUUUACAUUACUACUGGUGAUGGAAAGACUAAAGAAGUAUUCAUUAUUUAAUAAAAAUUAGUCUGAAUUAAGAACUACUGUUUACAAGAGAGCUUUGGAUAGAUAAUACUAAUUGAAGACUAAACAUGGAAGAGCUUUCAUGUAAGAGGUCUAUGAUAAAUAUCCAUCUUUAUGUUUCUCAUUAAGAGCAUUUGAAGAUGAAAUUACUGCUAAAUUGGCUGUUUAAGAAUGUGCUAAACAUGAAUUAUUAAAUCCAUAUCCAGUUCUUAUCAGUCCAAAUAGUAUUGUCGCACAAUUCACUUUCACUGUUGCAGUCUUAGCUAAUAGCACUCUUUAAAUUUCAGGUCUCAAAUUAGAUGAAACCAAAUUCAAACCUGCUCAUGAUCUUAAUGAUGCAGCACUCAAAGAAUUAUUGAAAGUAUUUUAUAAUUUCUAUUUUAAGUUACCUAUGGAUAAAGAAUCACAAAAAAAAAGACAUUUAGAGUAAAAACAAAAAGCUUGAUAAUAUAUAUCAAUUUGAGUAACACAGGUA